ACCAAGGGAAACAUUUUUAUGAAAUACAUUUUCUGACCUUCGACUGGCAAGGUGUGUCUCUAUUUACACAUGAGUUUGCUCGAAGUCGCAUACCACAACGCCUUUAUCCACUAAAAAUGUGGCUCAAAAGACGGUCCUGCCUGGUCUUUGGUUUCACUGUCACCGUUGGGAUGUUUACAGUGGUCUAUGUGUUCCACAAUAAAGUCGAGUUGCGAACAAAGACCCCCUGGAAUGCCCCUAUUCUGUGGGAGGGGACUUUUAACAGGACCUAUUUGGAGCAGUUUUACAGGAACAAUCCCGUGACCAUCGGGCUGACUGUGUUUGCACUUGGGAAAUACCUGGAUAAGUAUUUGGAGAAGUUUCUGGCCUCUGCAGAUAAAUAUUUCAUGCCUGGCCACAAAGUUAUCUACUACGUGAUGGUGGAUGAUCACUCCAAACUCCCGUACAUUGAAUAUGGAACCAGACGCUUCUUAAAAUCCCGGGUUGUUGCAAAAGAAGCCAGGUGGCAGGACAUCAGCAUGAUGCGCAUGAAGACUCUGGCAGACAUGCUGCAGGACUUCAUCAAGGACGAGGUAGACUAUGUGUUUUGCAUGGACGUGGACAUGGACUUCCGAGCCCCCUACGGGGUGGAGACACUGGGGGAACUCGUGGCCCAGGCCCAAGCCUGGUUCAUGAAUUCACCCAAUACUGAGUUUACCUACGAGAGACGACCCGAAUCCAAAGCAUACAUUGAAAUGGGGCAGGGCGACUUCUACUACCACGCGGCUGUGUUUGGGGGAACCCCGUCACGGGUUUUGGAUCUAGUGAGAAGUUGCUAUGCUGGUAUAAUGGAAGACAAGAAAAAUAACAUUGAGGCUGUAUGGCAUGAUGAAAGCCAUCUCAAUAAGUAUUUUUUGGAACACAAGCCCACCUUGAUUUUAUCGCCAGAGUACUGCUGGGAUUUUACGAUAUAUACAGAAAUGGAACAUGUCAAGUUGGCUUGGGCUAUGAAGGACUAUGCAGAAGUAAGGGACAAUGUUUAGCCAGCAAGGAACCAGAACUGGGAACUGUUCAUAUCAUUGACCUUUAAAAUCAGUUAUACCAAAGACACUUGCUGAUGAGCUGUUUGGAUUUCUCAUUGUAACAGGGUUUUGACAUUUCUCUGUGGAAUACCUUUUUCAUUUCUCUGUGGAACAUUUUAUGUUGCUGUUAGUAUCAUAACUGUCCCCUGAAACUCUGUCCCUUUCUAUAAAACCCAUUUUUCAAAAGUUAUUAUUGUAUAGUGUUUCCUCUAAAUGUAUUGUAGCGUGCACGGGGGAAGGCAGCAGCAGGGCUGGUAGGUGACGUAAUCACACACAAAGACAUAAGCCCGAUAUACGCUCCUUGCAAAGGAACUGGCUCUUUUAUACAGCGGUAUCGGCGCUAUGCUUCAGUGUGAGAGGUCCGGGGUUCACGCCCGCCCUCCGCCUGUGUGUGGAUUGCCUCGCCCAGUGUGAUGCGCCUGCCUGCGUCAACCACAGUGUCACAGGGCACUUUUUUUUCUUCAUAUGUUGUAUGUUUUAUAAGAACGCGCCUGAGCAGUGCUGAAGAGUGGUCUGCUUUGUAUAAAACUAUUAACUACAUUUGUAAUAUGAAACCGUACAUUUUGAAAUGCAUUUUAACCCAUUAAGUACCAAAUACAUUUAUUUUUAAAA